UCCCAGGUGGCCUUCGUCCAGCGGCCCCGCCAGAACACCAGCAGCAGCUCUGAGUUCAUGUUCGAGUUUGACGACGACGAGAUCUUCCACGUCGACCUCCAGCAGAAGCAGACCGUCUGGCGCCUGCCGGAGUUCGGGGAGGUCACCAGCUUCCAGGCCGAGGGGGCCCAGGGCAACAUCGCCGUGCUCCGCUCCAACCUGGAUAUCCUCAUCAAGCGGUCCAACGAGACGCCCGCCACCAACGUGCCUCCAAAACUGAUGGUGUACCCGGAGAAGGCGGUGGAAGUGGGGGAGCCCAACAUUCUGAUCUGCAUGGCGGACGAUUUCUCUCCCCCCGUGCUGAAGAUGUCCUGGCUCAAGAACGGGCAGCCGGUGACGGACAGAGUGCAGACCAUGGAUUACUACCCCAAGAAGAACAACGCCUUCCGCAGGUUCUCCUACCUGCCCUUCAUCCCGACCCUGCAGGACGACUAUACCUGCCAGGUGGAGCACUGGGGGCUGAAACAGCCCCUGGCGAAGAUUUGGAAUCCCAACAUCCCGGAGCCCCUCCCGGAGACAACCGAGAAUGUGGUGUGUGCGCUGGGCCUGGCUGUGGGUAUUAUCGGCAUUGUGACUGGCACCAUCCUGGGGGUGAAGAGCAAGAGGAAGAACGAGGCUACCUACCGUCGGGGAGCCCUGUGAGCAGGGUUGGGGCAGGCUCGGCUCCUCCCGUGAGCUGCAUUUCCACGUGCGCUGCCCGCUUCCCUCUCCUGCUUUUCUGACACCUGCGAUGAUGCCAGAGUAACCCAGGAGGAGGAGCGCUCUGCCCCCUUGCCCAGGUGCUUCUCGGGGGGAGGCCUUGUGCCCUUCCCGCCUCCCUCGUCAGGGGUCCCAGCCUGUCCGGGACGUCCCCUCCAGGCAACCUCCGACUGCAUCGGGUCUUAGCUGCUGCCCCGCGCCGCGAGCUCCCAUGUUCCAGCCGCUGCCUGCUGGCUCUGCUUGCUCUGCUUGACCAGAUUGCUUGGCCUGGAUUCAGAGCUUGGCCGGACAGAGAUUUGGCCAAGGGCUCUUCCCUGCGCUGUCUGUAGAAUGAGAAAGUUGCUUUCGCGAGGGCCUUCCUCCUCCAACCUCAUCGAACUC